UAAUCUACGUGCGCAUGUAUUGCGUGUACGUACAUGAAAAAAGUGAGGUUAAAUUUUGUACCGACUAGCAAAUCAAAUGGUGUGCUAGUGUGCGUGAGAGCGGGCUUAGAUAACUCUAUAGAGUUAUCUAAGCCCGAGCUCACGCACACUAUCACACCAUUUGUUUUGCUGGCCGGUACAAAAUUUAACCUCAAUCUUUUUCGUGUACGUACACGCAAUACAUGCGCACGUAGAUAACUCUAUAGAGCUAUCUAAGCCCGAUGUCACGCACACUAGCUUACCAUUUGUUUUUGCUGGCGGGUACAAAUUUUAACCUAGAAAUCCUUCGUGUACGUACACACAAUACAUGCGCACGUAGAUAACUCUAUGCACGGCAUGCCAAACUGACAGAUUACAUAAGAUAAAAAAAAACUGCAGGACGGAACGGAAGGGAGUGGAAAAGUCGAUGGCUUCGAAGACGAUUCGGAAGUGGCAAUUCGCGAGCGGAAUUGAUACGACAUCAGGAGCGAGGAUGGUCCGCCGAGGGUGCGCAGGAGAAGGCGUUAUACCCGCGGUCCCAACAAGUACACUCGCAACUGGGAGGACGAGGACGUGUACUCCAAGUCGAACAACGUGAACAAGCACACACGUCCGCGCAAGUCUCUCCCGCGGCCGGAGGAAUUCUCCGAGCUGGGCGGUGGCGUCGGCGGCAUGAACAACAGCAGCAACAACAACCAACAGCCUCAACAGCAGUGGCAGCGUUGGCAAGCCGCGCUCUAGCCAAAAAAUGCACCGCGCCAGUCGGCAGUCCCGGUGAGCGAUCGAUGAGCGGACCGGUGGAGGUCGUCCGAGGCCGCCGGCUGACCAGCGUCGGGUUGAUCACGAUCGUGGUGGCAUGGAGAGGGAGUACGAUCAACAGGUGCAGCAGCACGAUGGUCAGUAUCGGGAUGGUCGUAACGACGGAAGUCGGUACAGCUCGGACAGGAUGGCGAACAAUAAUAACAAGAACAAGCUGUUGAACCAGAGGAGUAGCAAGGAGAAGGAUCGUAGAGGUAGUGACUGCAAGGUGACCACGUCGCUGCAGUUCAAGAACCAGACCAGGAACAAGACCAACCAACGAAGGUGGUUUGCCGAUGGUUGGUCCGGGAGGUGUUGCCGGAGGUCAGGUCGUGCACAGCAACAGUGCAGGAGCGCUGUCCGGAAGUGUCCAGAGCAACAAGAUGAACAACGCAAUUGUUUUACCAGUAGGUGGAGUUCCGGAGCGAAUGUUGGACCAGCGACCGGUUCAGCAGCGUUCGAACCAGCUCAGAUGAUUCCGCAGCAGCCUCCGCCGCAUCUUCCCCAACAGCAGGCCCCGAUCCAGCAGGCUCAACCGCAGCCGCAGCAGAUCCAACAGCAGCAGCUCCAUCAACAGCAAUCGCCCUACAACGAUCACCACGAUUCGUACGGGGAUUCGAAGAAGCCAUGUUCCCGUACAAUCCGCCUGCGAACGCCACCAUCCAGUCGGUCGAGAUUGGAAAACGGACAUUCCUAAGUACCCGCCGCCGCAGCCGCAGCCGCAGGCGCAACGCCCCAGCAAAGAUUGUCAGCAGCCGCUUCCGGCAGACUUUCCGGCAACCCGCCCCGCCAGAUCUUUGCGACGCCGCAGCAACAACAGUUGUACCAGCUUUUAAUUAUUAUUCUGUAAGUGCAAUCACAAUUUCUAAUAUAAUAUAAUUUACAGAUAUAAUUUUCAAGAUCUUUAAAAUUUGGUGCUGCUCCUGACGGCACCCGCAAAUGAACGCCUCAACUUACCAGCUUGAUAAUUCCAAUCGUAAACAAUCGACGUGUUCGUCAAUCGUAAACAAUCGUCAUUUACUUCAAUCUCCAAUCACUAAACACACCACUUUUAUAAUUAAGAAAACUUCAAAACAUUCCUGCACUCUUCCUCGGAAGCAUCAUGAAAAAUGAACUGUCAUUGGCAACAACAAUCUCUUUGAAUUGAAAUUUACGCUUUUAAAAACAUUUACAUUGAGCAAAUUUUACAUUUAAUAUUCAAAUACAUGCUUUUCAGAUUUUCAAAUUCAUCAUUUGACAGGAAUAAAAAAUCUAUUCGCAUGAGAUUCAUAAGAUACGUUCAAUCUAAU